AUGGCCACGGAAGCUGCGCAAGCGUUCCGGAACUUGAAGCGGCCCAGAAAGAGUGAGGGCGAGGCCCACCUCCACAUCGACACGAAAUCCACUUAUCGCUGGGAAUGGGCUAGCAGGAAGGUUCUGCUUCUCGACCGGCCUGUGGUGGAUGUCCCGGUCAAGGCCGUCACGGUCGUCUCUGCUUCCGAGGAAGAGAACCAGGAAGCCCUAGCAUCGACUGCCACGCCUGUCACAGAGGUAGGUGCAGGCCAGGAUUUGGAGGAUGCAGACCUAGACUAUGCCGACGCCCAGGAUGACCUGAGUGCAGUGGAGGAGCCUGACGACCUCUCUGAGGAAUCCGAGUGGGUCGAGGGUUGUGAGUCCGACCAGGACUCCGACGAGUCCUGGCACCCAGGCCCGAAACGAAAAAAGCGACGAACUGGGCCCGGAACCGGCAAAAAGUCAUGGCAGCUGAGAUGUGGAAAGAGCUUCCGGUCUCUUGUUCAAGCAGCAGGUUUCCGAGGAGGGCGAAGGGCUGGCCCGUCUCGGUUUCCAGGAGUACCCUGGGCUGAGUCCAUGUUCGCGCAUCUGCGGAGUUUGUUGAAGGCCCGUUCUGUUGAAGCGCUGCCCAUCAGACAUCGCACCCUUCGUCUGGGCACGGAUUGCUCUGGUGCCGAGGCACCUUGGUUUGCUCUGCAGCUUAUCCUUAAAGAGUUGGAGCAUCAGUUGGGCUGGAAGUUGCGGCUGGAGCACCUGUUUGCUUGCGACAUCGAGCCUGUGUCGCAGGUCUUCGUUGCCCAGAACACGCGUCCGCAUGCUCUUUUCGAGAACUUGCGGAAUCGGGGAGAGAUGGGGCACUGCCUCAUUGCAGAUGCACCGGUUGUGGUGCCCAAUGAUCUGGACAUCUAUGUUGCUGGCUUCCCAUGCAAAGACUUCUCGCUGCUCAACUCCAAUCGCCCCUGUUUGGAAGGCCCCCAUGCCGAGACCUUCCAUGGCGUGGUCAACUACAUCCGCCAGCACGAGCCGGCAACGUACGUCCUGGAGAAUGUCGUCGGCCUACUGUCUAGGAAGGACGGAGACGAUGCUCCAAUCUCUGACAUCAUGGGCAUCCUGCGCGCUGUGCCCCACUACGUGGUCCGCUAUUGGCGAGUGAAUUCCCUGGACUACCACCUGCCUCAGAAUCGGGCGCGGGUGUACAUUGUGGGCAUUCAUACAGGAAAGGCCACAUUGCACCGACCGUUGGCCAGGUGGGACCAGCUGGUCCGCAAACUGGAGGAGCAAGGACAUGCCGAGGUGCAAGAUUUCAUGCUGCCGGACUCUGAGCAAGAAGUCUCUUCGGCAAGGGGACGUCUUGAAGCAAAAGGUCCGCCGGAACUACCCCCAGGCAGAUGGGCCGAAACAAACGCUCAGCUUCGCCAGCAGCUGAGCUUUGACAACACGGCGAAGCCAUUGGUUCCCAAAGGCAGCGGCUGGUCGCGAUAUCUCAGUGCUCGUCAGCAGGAUGUCCUAGAGAUCCAAGCUGCGCGAAUUUUUCAUGGGAAGAACAGGAAAAGGGCAACAGAAGAAGAGCUGCAGGACGCAGAAGAUCCCAUGAACUCCAAGUUCUGCGCAGAGAUUUCCAGAAGUGCUCUGUAUGGCUCAAGUAGAUGGCGAUCAACACCUUGUCUCACUCCAGGAAGCCGGGUCUGGGUUUUCAAUCGACAGAGGUGGCUGCUGGGUCUAGAGAUGAUGGCCUUGCAAGGCUUCCCUGCGGAUGAGCUCAAUCUGGAUGGCUUCUGGUUUCAUGUUUUGGCAGCUUUUACUCUAAGGUUCGAGGUAUGGGCCCCUAAUAUGGACCCUUAG